AUGGACGCGCGGUUUCAAAACUUCAGGACGAAGAUGCAGAAUGUCAAAGAUCUGUAUCAUAGUCGACACUAUACGCAGUGCGCAAAGUUCGCAGAGCAAUUGCUCGCCAUGACGAAUGAAAAGCAAAUCCAUCCUAUCCACUUGACCUAUCUACACUUCUACACCGCCCUAUCUCACGACACCCUCGCUCGGGAAGCCACCCUAAAGAACCGCCACAAAGAGCUCACCCUUGCAGAGAAACACUACCUCGCAGCCAUUGCCGCCCUCAAGCCUCUUCCAAUCCCCGGUAGAGCGGAGGAAGAGGACCAGAACAACGCCCCCGACUCUCCUACCUUCCGCCAUUCACAGCACUGGAAGCGACACUCCUCGAGCACAGGCUCUUUUGAUUCCACAGCCAGCGCAGCGAGUAGCGCAACAUCCUAUGGCUACGGACGCGACGAUGAGGACAAGUAUGAUGCGCACAAAAGCGGAGAGAGUUUCCAUUUUCCUCGCCCACCCAGCGCGCAAGAUGACUUGAGCAGCGGAUCCAAAGCAGGAGACCAACACAACACAAUCUACAUAUCCUCCUACGCGCCUUCAUCCCCUGUUUCUUACACCACGUACGAGUACCAAGAUGACAACGAUAACAACAACACCUCCAUCCCAACCCCCAAUCCCCUAGCUUCACAAACCUCAACCUUCCUCACCCUGCUGAACGCCCACCUCACCAGCGUCCGCACCCUCAAAAAGCAAACGAGCGUACAAACCGUGCGCUUUGCCUUUCCCUCUCCCAACCCGUCCUCAUCCUCAUCAUCAUUGUUGCCGCCCCCACCCCCGCCAACGACUUCUGCGCUGAGAGACAAGACACGCGCCAGCAUGGCCAUGGAUGGCGCCGACGCCGACCGUGUCAGGCAGAUGCGAAGGAAUCGCGUGUUUAGGCAACGCUUUGAUCCUGAGGGUGUGAGGAGGUUGUGUGGGGACGUUCUGGCUGAGUUGGCGUAG